UUGCCGGCUGGUUACUAGCUAGCUCCCAGCUGCAUGACAUGGAGGUAACAAUUUCAAGCAUUUCUUUCGUUUCCCUAGCCCUAGUACUCCUCCUUUGGUUUUUUCAUCCCAAGCCCAACAAGCAUUUGCGGCCUCCCGGGCCAUGGACCCUACCGAUCAUCAGCAGCCUCCACCACGUAUUCGGCAUCCUCCCACACCGCAUCAUGGCGGAGCUAUCUCGCCGGCACGGCCCACUGAUGUUCCUCAAACUCGGCGAGGUGCCCACCGUGGUGGUCUCGAGCGCGGAGAUGGCGGAGGUGGUGAUGAAGAGCAAGGACCUCAUGUUCGCCUCGCGGCCGCGCAGCGUGACACUGGACGUCAUAGGUUAUGGCAGCGGCAUAGGCAUCAUCUUUGCCCCCUAUGGCGACCGCUGGCACCAGGCCCGCAAGGUCUGCACCAUGGAGCUCCUGAGCGUGAAGCAGGUGAAGCGUAUGGAAGGCAUCAGGUCCGAGGAGGUCAGCAACCUCCUUAGUUCCAUCACCACCUCGAUUGGCACAACUGUCAACCUCACGGAGAAGUUGUCGGCACUGAUGAACGAUGUCAUUGCGCGGGCGGUGUUCGGAGGCAAGUGCGCACAGCAAGGCGAGUACCUCCGGGAAUUGGAAAAGGUCACCGCAUUGGUGGGAGGCUUCUCGCUCGUAGACCUAUUCCCGUCGUCGCAGCUGGUGCGGCUGCUGAGCUCCGGGGAGCGACAGAUGAGGAGGAGCUAUGGACGAAUCCAGCGCAUCAUCUCCGACAUCAUUGAGCAACGCAAGGAGAUGCGCGCUGCAGUCAGCUCCAACGACGAGGAGGACUUGCUGGACGUGCUGCUCAGGCUGCACAAGGAGGACUCCUUGCCAUAUGCUCUAACUUUAGAGGCAAUAGGCGUCAUCAUAUUUGACUUGUUCGCGGGUGGCACCGAGACCUCUGGAAUAACAUUGGAGUGGGCUAUGUCAGAGCUCUUGAAAAAUCCCGAAAAUAUGAGAAAGGUGCAACUAGAGGUUCGACAAGUGGUAGGUGGGCAACAAUCUGUCAUAAAUAACAAUGACCUUCAUGACCUCCACUACAUGAGAAUGGUGAUCAAGGAGGUCUUGAGGUUGCAUCCUCCCGCUCCUCUACUCCCCCGAAGGGCAAGAGAAGACUGUGAAAUCAUGGGAUAUAAAAUUCCUGAGGGCACCAAUGUACAAGUUAAUAUAUUCGCGAUUUGUCGGGAUUGCAGAUAUUGGGAUGCCCCUGAAGCAUUUGAGCCAGAGAGGUUCAAAGAGAUAAGCAUAGAUCACAAGGGGACACAUUUUGAGUUCACACCUUUCGGGGCUGGGAGACGGCAGUGUCCUGGAAUGUUGUUCGGCACAUCAACCGUGGAGAUCGCAUUAGCAAACCUUCUGCACCAUUUUGACUGGGUGAUCCCUGAUGGGCCUAAUCCGGGGUCGUUGGACAUGUCUGAGAAGUUCGGGAUCAAUGUACGUAGAAAGUUUGAUUUAGAGCUUAGAGCAAUCCCAUAUGUGCACUCCAAAGCUGCGUAGAUCUAUGGACAUGUGGACACAUGGAAGAAUUGGCUCGCUCAUAGGCUCCCUCCUCUAGUUGCCCUCUCUGCUCUCUCGGCCAACCUUCUCUUGAUUACCUUGGUCCUCUUCUUUGUAAUGCACAUCCGUCUUUGGGCCCCUUUGAGUGAAAAUCCAUGUGGGGAACCUCUCCCCCAGGUGAAUAUUCGAAUAAAAAAUUUGUCUCACGUUGAACUUCUAUACA